AACUCGGUUUCAGUCUUCAGCUAUCUUUCGGAGUAAGCGAAGCACCUCAUCGUCAGUCAAAUUGCAUAAAUAUACUUGUUUGUUGGUGCCAUAAUUUUAUUCACUGUGUACUCUGAGCUGUAGUCAACAUUAGCAAAAUACUUAAACCGAUAUUUACAUUGAAAUCCUACAACUUGUGAUAUAACACAAUUUGGCCCUUUGGUGAAAAUAGGGAUGUACCGGCACGGAGAAGAAAAAGGUGGCAAAGCACCGACGAUAAGCGGCCCGGCUAUCGGCAAGCAGAGAAUCGCCGUUUUUGGACAACACGACGUCGGAAAGUCAGCAUUUACUGUGAGAUUCUUGACGCGGAAAUUCAUCGGAGAGUACAAGUCCAACACAGAUUUGCUCUACCGUCAAACACUCGCCAUCAGCCACGGGAGCUCUCUCGACAUCGAAAUCGUCGACAUUUCCACCUCCUUCGUGGACGGGGCUGAAUGCAUCGAGCGUAAAACUUUCCCUGUCGAAGAACUCUAUCGCGCCGACGGAUUCAUCAUCGUCUAUUCCAUCACGGACCGAAGCUCGUUCGAGACAGCGAUGCAGGCUCUCAGGGAUAUUCAAAAAAUCCGCAAUAUUUACAAACCUCCGACGACUGAAAAUGGGAAUUCAUCGAGAACGACUCCACCUCCCCCCACAAAUACGAAGUUAGGUCCCCCCGUUCACGUCACCCUCAUCGGGAACAAAUGUGACCUAGUGCAUCAACGAACCGUGGACCGACUUGAAGGGGUGGGGGCGGCGGAGAAGUUCGGGUGUCAAUUUUACGAGCUGUCCGUGGCGGAGAACUCGCCCGAAGUUUAUUCCAGUUUCCACUCGAUAAUCACUUCACUCAUCGCCACCAACGUUCCGCCGCCCAAGCGGAAAUUCUCCGUGAGCAAGAUGCUGGCCAGUCUGCGCCUCGGGAAGAAUUCGCCCUCCAACGCGAGCCCAGUCCCCAUCGCGCCCGCCUCCAUCGCGGACACCAACGUCGUCACCAACGACGCCGCCUCCUUCCCGAAUUCUCCAGCGGGGAGCAGAGAGGGCAGUCCGGGCGUGAGUGGGUCGUCGAAGGGGGCGAAGCAUGAGCGCCAAGGGUCGGGCGACUCGACGUCUUCGUUCACUUCCAGCAUUUGUCAGCUCAAAUCGAAGCUCGUGGUUUUCAAUUCCAUGAAAAAGAGGCAAAGCUCACCACCCAUUUGUUCCCUUUGAGCCACGUUGUACUCGUAAUUUGAAGCAUAAUGGUGAUGAUAUUGAUAUUGUUCUCAGUUCUAUUCCAAUUAGUAUUUGCACAAUGUGUACAUAAUUUAUUUCUUCAUGUUAUCUGCACUCAUAAAUCUAUAGACAUAAUUUGAUACGUUAUUACCGUGUACCUUAAUUGCUUCAUAUACCUACAUUAUUUUGUGCUAAUGGUGGAAAGAAUGAGAGUUCAACGAGUGAAAAUUGAGACUUCGUCAGUUGUAAUAA